UCCUCAUCUGAAUUCUGCGUUUCAGACACAGCAGACGUGAGUGUCUGAGAUAGAGAGUGUCUCGGAUUCUUGCGUAACCGUUCCCUACGGUAUGUCGAGAGUACGUUACUCGCUGCUACAGAUGCAACAGACAGAGCACUGAUGAGCCAGCAAGAAACGCGGGUCUUUGAAUCGAAACGACAAGUUCGCGAUGCGUCCGUGCCAAGGAAGAGGAGAAAGAGUACACUUAAAUAACAGUGAAAUGCCAGAACUGAGCGAGAGCAAAAGUAUCCGGGGCAUUAUGACGGGAAAAACGGCGGAAUGCCGCACGGAAUCCUGCGGACGCCCUGGCGGUUUCGGAGAGUCGCAUCGUAUUUAGAACUCUAGAGCGCUCCUGAACGAUACGAAAUGGACAUCUUAACGACAUAUCGCGAGAUAUCGUAGAUCGGAGAACCUAAAAAAUUCUCCGAACGCGAAAUAUAUUUAUUCGACGACUUUUGUGGCUACAAAUCGAAAACGCUGGUAUUAACUGUUCUUUUUCUCUUUUUAGAUUGAAGCGGGUGGACACGCGCACGCACGCACGCACGCAUCGUACGCGGUUUCGCACUCUGUGUCCACCGUGGGAAAUCACGAGACCGUAAAGUUCGCGAAAACCGUUAGCGAAAUAACAAUGAGAUGGGGCAACGGUGCGAUCCAGCGUUAAUAAGGGCGCAGGCAGCCUUCUAAUGAGUGGCAUUAUAGCUCCGCAUAAUAUGCAAACGGUGAGAAAGAUACGACCCGUGGCAUCGCUCUAACGACUUCGACGAGUUGCUGAAGACAACAAGAAUGCGACGAAUCUUUAUAAAGAGAGCAAACCUGAAAUAUGAAGCACCGUAACUAUGAGAGACAUGAAAGGCCGAUGUGGGGGGAAUUAAUAGGCGAGAGAGCCGAAUAUACGACGAGAGGCGACCAAACGGGAAGAACGAAGAUGAGGAACGGCGGCACUGGAAGAUCUCGGACUGUCAGUCGGUGGUCAACCGUCACGGAGGAAGGACGUAGUGGAUCGCGCUUGCUUCUAUCUCGCCUUGCCUCGCCUCACCUCGCCGCGCUUCGUCUCGCCCGCUCUUCUUCUUCCUCUCCCUUCAUUUCUCUUUCUCUCUAUCUGUCUCGUCGUCCCGGUCGGAAGGAACAUCGCGUGUAUGGACGCUUUAUAUACGUGUCCGUCGGCAAGCAGCGAGCGGACAUGAAACAAUUUAUACAGGACUAGCUACCGCGACGGUGUGCAUCGGCUGGUUCUCGUCCUCGCGAAAGGAGUAUAAAUCAUCACGUGUCUUUGCUAACUGAUACGACAAUUCGUUAUGGAUCCGGACGGCAGCUUGGGCCAUCGUCGAGGAGCGUCGUCGUAGAAGUUGGAGGCUGUAGCUCGCGCGAAUUCCCGCAGAAGAAAAAUCUCGAGAACUUGGAAAACCCUCGGAAAAUGGCUUCUAUGUGCGGCGGCAGGAAGAGCAACACUAUGAUGAACGCCGGCGGUUACUACAGGCCGGGCCCUUACACUUAUCAGAACGACUAUUACCUCCCACCGAGAUCAACUUGGUCCAGGGUGUCGACAGCACGGAUGAACAGCAACUCAACAUGGAGGUUUGGCAGUGCCAUGUUAAUUAUAUACGCGAUGUUAGUGCUGGUUGCGGUGCUGGCAAUAGCUGGAUUAGCUCUGUGGAUGGGCGCCCUUCGAACAGAUUCUAAGAAUGUUAUCGUCGGAUUUUCGUGCAGCUUCAGGAUAGCUAGGGGCGAAAGGUACAAUCCUAUGUUAAAACUGAACACGAGCAUGAUCUUCCGUGAAAAGGAGCGUAAAUUCAAAAAUAUCUUCGAGCUUCUAUUUAGGAGAAGCGUACUCGGUGCGUCUUACAAGCGAACAACAAUAGACAAGUUCGAAAACGGGACUUUGAAAGUUUUCUUCAGACUGUAUCUCGACCGAAGGAAGAUACCGCGCUCGAUCACGAAUGUCGAGGACACCAUACAGGACAUCAUCAUCAAAGAAACGUACUCAAUAUCAUCUCUGUUUAAGGACAUGGAACUGGAUCUCACAAGCGUGUCGGUGAAGAGAAUAAGCCAGGAAGGUGCCGCGAGUCCGAAACAAGGACAGCAGAAACACACGAUGAUUACUAAGAACGGCCUGUUACGACCGAACAGAAACAGCAGUUUGAUCACGAGCUCGAAGCCGAAAGUAAAACCCAUCAGGCUCGACUCUGGCGAGCCUGACAUUGAUUUCAACAAUAUCCCGACUAUUCAAGGCACCUACCGAGCAACGAAGGUUAACAUCACCGCGGAGAAUUCGACUAAAGGAACGGCUGAGUCGAUAACAGAUGCUAAAGAUACCACUAAACGAGCGCCGUCGCGUGAACGAACCACAGACACUCCAUCGACAUCUCCCACGAGAUCCACGAGCGUCACAUUCGGCGAGGAUAAAUCGAACGAGAGACCGGAUACGAACGUUACGAAGAUGACGACGAGCACUACGACUACACAAAGCGAUCUGGACAUCUUCAAGGAUUUUCGUAAUCCUAACUUGGAGACCUCGCCGUGGAAACCGAUCGUACCAACAUACGUUAACACGGAAAUCAAGCUGCUACCCGACAAUAACAAUCGUACAGAAUCGAGCACGCGACGCACCGUUUCCACAUCGACCAGUGAUCCUGGAGACAACGCGAAGGUAUCCGAAUCUGGGACCAGCGCGACGUCGGAUUUAUCACUGGAAUCGGUGAACUUCCGUGACGUACCCGGCAUGAGUACCUUUGACACGGACGACGCGGAUUUCCCGCGCGACAGAAUCGUGCCGAGCUCGACGGCAUCCAGAUUAGACGAUGCCGGCAGCUUGGAGAUCGAAGUGGCCGGGCAACUGCCUCCGGAAAUGUACAGUAUCCGAUUGAAAGCCUCCUCGAAACACGAUGAUAGCGAUAAGGUGACUCCCAGCUCGGAGAUUUCGGCGACUCGGCAAGCGUUCGAGAAUACAUCAACGAAGGAGAACAUCUCACUCAAAGACACGCGGAAAGAAUCGAGCGAUACUCAAGAGAUGGAGGUAAAACUCGAUGAUUCGACAGCGACCACGACGACACGAUUCGACAGUGUGGAAUCGCGCCGCGACGAAGAGAUCGCGAGUAAGUCACCUGACACGAGCGGCAUCGGCGUAGCGGAGCCCGUGCUGGACGCAGAGGUCGAACUGGAGACGAAGAAUCGCUACAGCGGUGUCCCGACAAGCAAGGACGAAGAGGAAGACGCGUUGCGUAACAGAAAGGUGGACGUUGACCCGAAGCGACCGGUUUACACGAGUUAUAACACUCCCGAUCUGAACGGCGGUAAUCUGGGAUCGAGCUUGAUUAGAAAUUCGGCGACCAUGAAGCCCUUCAGGCAUACAAUACCUGUCGACAAGAUCGCGUCCGUUGUAAAUUACAGCAGUGACAUUCCUGCUCGCGAUCCGGUCUUCACGAACGUUCCUUUCCUUGCUACCGACGCGGGCGAGUCAUCUCGAAACAAGACCGCGAUGUCGUUAGCGAACUUGGAGAGAAUUGUCAAAGUGGAGACUUUCGUCAAGGGACAAGACAACGACGACGCGAUGAUCAAGCUGCCGAAUUACGGGCGAAUUACACCGACGGACUCGACCAUCGUGCGUUUAACAGACGACGAAGACGACAACCCAUUACCGCAUCUGAGCACCACGGAAGUCUAUUCGGAACCGAAACUGACUGGCAAGGAUUCGGACAAUAAGAAAAGCGUGUCGAGGAACUCAACGUUCGUGGAGAUUGACACCGUCAAGCACACGCCCAGCGAGUCGGAAGAGAAUUGGGAGUCAUACGCGGGCGAAGCAGCAGUCGUCAGCAACCACAACGAGCCAAAGAAGAUUUACAACGACACCUUGAAGGCCUACGUGGUGGAGAACCUGGUGACGUUGGCACCGGUCAAGAGCAACACGGGGGUUGGUAGACCGGUACGACCGCGGCCGAAGAUUGACGCCUCGACCGACGAAUCGAGCCUCUUGGAGCAGCUGUUCGGUGUGCGUGAUUAUAUGCGCGAAAGGGACACGGUGAACAACACGUCCGAGUCCUCCACGGUCAUUCUUGAGCCGCACGAGGCGACGCAACCUGAUCGUACGCAAUCCAACGAGGAUGAAUCUUCGAACGGCAAGAACACCGUGAUCGAGCAGAUCGUCGAAGUCGUGACUUCCAUCAGCACCAAAGUGUCAUCCAGCAUCAAGGGCGACCCGGUCGUGUUGAAGCUCAUCGUCAGUAAUUCCACAGCUCUCCCGGUCAUUCGUUCGGAGAAGACUUCGACGUCAAACAGAGAAGAAAACAGAUCGUUCGGGACAAUCGCCGACACAACGGAGAAGGUAUCCUCCGCGUGGAGCCAACAACGGCCGCUGUCUUUGCUGUCGGCGAAUUUGAGGACGAUGCAGACGUCGGACAGAAAGAUAUCGGCGCUCGAGGAAGAGAAUAGGAUUCUGCUGGAGAAGCUUAAACAACUCGCUCAGGUCCGGACAAAUGGCGAUUCCGUGCAAAUUGUAAGGAACGGUUCGAGCAAUAGCGCGAUGUCGCGACCGCUUCAUGACUCCAAUGCGUCGUCAUCGAGCAUCGACAAGUUGAAGAAGAUCGUGGACGUGACGAUUAGCAACGAAACUAUGAAGAACGCAAGGCCGGGGUUCACGUUGAGUCGCGACGGCGUGGAAGUACUCACGAAGGUGUUGAACAAAGUGAAGGAUCAAGGGAACAAGAAUACGUCGCAAACGUUUGUGAAGACCAAUGAUCAUUGCGUCGGCUUCCUGUGUAGAGACGGAAAGUGCUUGGACUCGAGCGCAAUGUGCAACAUGCUAGUGGAAUGCUCUAAUUCGGAGGAUGAAGCCAACUGCACGUGCGCCGAUUUUCUCAGGGCGCAGCUACUGUAUCGCAAGAUCUGCGACGGCAUCGUUGACUGUUGGGACUAUUCGGAUGAGAGUGAUUGCGAUUGGUGUCAAAAGGGCCAAUUUGUAUGUGGUAACACAAAAUCCUGUGUCGAUCCAGACAAAGUGUGCGACGGUAUCAGCGAUUGUGCCGGCGGCGAGGACGAAAAGAAGUGCACCGCUCUGAUAGACGACGAGCCGGAAGAAAACAUGGACGUUCUUGUCUCGACGAGGAACACCUCGACAGACUACUUUAUCGAGUCAGAGCGGACGGCAAAGGAACCUCAUUUCGAUCAAGAAGCUGUCGAAUCGAUCAUCGUAGACACGACCACGUUGUACGAUUUCUCCUACGAUUCCCGAUCCGAAAAGCCAAAGGACGAAAAGAGCAACUUGUCAUCGAAAUCGAUCGAUCAGGAAUCAACGCUCAAGAACAGAGAUGCCGAGGGAACGCGAUACAUCGAGGAGAACGGUAAAAUCACGGUCGCCGUUUCCAGCAGAGAAAUAUCUUCGAGUCUCCUACGAAAUAGCUUAACUUCUGAUAGCGGUUUACGUGCUGAAAGUAAUCGUACCUUCUCGAUAGCAAUAGCUACUGUUCCUCGCGAGGAGAUCGACAGUUACAACAACAACGGGUAUCUAAACAUACGUAAAAAUGGGAAAUGGGGAAAGCUCUGUUUGAGCGACACGGAUAGUGUUCUCCAGGAACGGCAAGCCGCAUGGUCUAUCGAGGAUCUCGCCAAAGCUGCGUGCAAGGCCAUCACAUAUCAAGAUUACGAGACGGUGGAGAAAGUAUUAGACCAAAAUCCGCCGCCAAACCGCUUUUAUUACUCUCUGUCGCACAACGAGAAAUCGUUGGAUAGAACGGCUUUGUCUUUCAAAUCGUCCGAGUGCCCGGGUCGUGAGGUGCUUAAAGUAAAAUGUAAGAACUUCGAGUGCGGCAUAAGGAGUCAAGUGACUUCGACAGCAAGGAUCGUCGGAGGUUCCAGCAGUUCCGCGGGAAGCUGGCCGUGGCAAGUCGCCUUGUACAAGGACGGCAACUAUCAGUGCGGCGGUGCUCUUAUCAACGAUCAAUGGAUCAUCUCAGCCGCGCAUUGUUUCUAUCACGCGCAGAACGACUAUUGGGUGGCAAGGAUCGGUGCAACUCGCAGAGAGAGUUUCCGAAGCCCGCACGAGCAACUCUUGCGAUUGGAUCACAUAUCAUUGCAUCCGAACUACAUUGAUAGCGGUUUCGUGAACGACAUAGCUGUGUUGAGACUUGAGAGACCGGUUACAUUUAGCGACUACAUAAGACCGGUCUGUCUUCCCGCGAAUCCGGUGAAUACCGGAACCGUUUGCGUUGUAACGGGAUGGGGACAAUUAUUCGAGGCCAACCGGGUGUUUCCGGACACACUGCAAGAAGUGGAAUUACCAGUGAUAUCUACGGAGGAUUGUCGGCGUAAGACUCUGUUCUUGCCAUUAUACAGGAUAACAUCUGGUAUGUUCUGUGCGGGAUUACGUAAUGGAGAAAAGGACGCAUGCUUAGGAGACAGUGGAGGACCAUUGGUGUGCUUAUCCCCUGAAAAUCGAUAUAUAUUGCAAGGCAUUACGUCAAAUGGUUAUGGAUGUGGGCGACGAGAACGACCCGGCGUUUACACUAAGAUAUUUCAUUUUUUGGACUAUAUCGAUAGUGUUAUCAUGCAGGAAGAUAUCCAAUCGUCUACGGUAGCAUUCUGCAAAGGCCAUAGAUGCCCCCUCGGCGAAUGUUUGCCGAAAUCACGCGUUUGUAAUGGAUUUCUCGAAUGCUCGGACGGUAGCGACGAGCGAGGUUGUCCCGCUACUUCGCGAUAAUACAAGACUGACAUGAUGUAUAUCGUCGUAAUAAAAGCGUGAACGUGACUUAUUCAGACGACGAUAGUAAUCAGAUAAGUAUGUAUAGUCUUAUUAACGUUAACACAAGAUGUGAUAGAGCGUUACGCGUUCUUCUAUCUAGAGAAGUAUAUUCAUUGAUUAUGAAACAACGCGCAUUCGCAGCGUAGAAGUAGGAUGAUUUUCAAAUACAUUAAGUAGCGAAACUAGACGGAGACUGUUGCGCGAUAUUUUCUUUUAGAUUAUCCCGCAAAAAACGUCAAACAAAAUCAUUCUCUCGUUUCUAGUUUAUUUAUAUAGAUGUUAGAAGUAGUGGAAAAUAAUAAGAUCCUUUAGUUCCUCGAUAAAAGUCGAAUAAGUUUAAUCCCUUGAUCGAAACGUCGCGAUUCUCUGUCACGAUAUUAGAAUUUACUCCGGUCUAUGUGCAAACAACAGUCAUUGUUUCUGUGCAGACUGAAUCCAAAACUUUGUCUCGAGAUUCGUAUCAAUUGGUCAAGCUCGAGACUCAUAUCAAUUGGCCAAGCUUGAUCAAACAAAAGGAGACUAGUCUACAAUAUAAGAAAACAUGACUCGUUGUUAAUAACGUGUAUAUAUACUUAACGUGAAAUUGUGAUGUAAAACUUCAGAAGAAACGCGAUGUGACACGACA